GCAAGAACUGAAGACAAGGAGUUGUCACCUUUCUCAUGCCGUCAUUCUGAUCGAUCUCGGGGUGCGGGGUAACACUCGUCCGCUGGUCGUGUUGUGCGGGCCCUCUCGCGUGCAGGGUGUUGUGAGCCCGGGCAACUGCAGCCAUGUCUUCUAGUGUCGUUAUUCAGGACGUCGGUUGGUGCUUGCGCGGGAGGGCCACAUGUAGCUCAAGGGGAGCGAUCUGGCAAUUGCUAGCUAAAGAGAUGGGAGCGCAGAUCUACGGAGUGAUGCCUGUCAAGCAUACCCGAGAUAGGCUUUACACAGGGCCUAACUAUUAUUGUAUGAAGCUUUAGAAUAUUUAUUCUGUCUUUUGUCGAGGUCUGUGUCGCCGCUGCUCUCUCGCAGCGGAGGAGCGCAAUGAGGAUAGGGGUCUGUGAUUGAUCAUGGGAGCACACAAGGCCAAACAAUGCUCGACCUGGCUCUGCUCAAGUCGUGCAGAAUCCACGACGUUCUCCUCUUGACCCUAUCCGAUCUCGCGACGAGCUUUUAGGCGGGGCUCUACCUCCUUAACUGGCCUACAAUUCGGCCUCAAAACGCUCUCUAGCUCGCAUAGCCUGCGGCACAUCACACAUCAUAUUAUUCAAGUUCCAUCCAGAGGCACUCUUUCUCUCGAGGUUUCUCCUGCGGCCCUUCUCCGAACAAAGAGCCCGUACGGCUCCGUGUGUCACUCGCGCCUCGGGUCCUCUGCCACCUCUGUAGAGUAUGGGCAACUCCACCUCUAACGCUGCGAACACAAACAACCACAACAGUCAUCUCCGCCCCUCCUCUCGCCGCUACGACUCUCCCACCAGGCGCACCCAGUCUCCAUCGAGCAGAGGCGGCAGCCCAGUACCAUCGUCGAAUCGGGUGCACAAGUCGUUGCGCAGCAAGAAGAAAUCCCUCGAGCUGCCCGACCUGGCGUCCCUCGCGCUCACCCCCGCCACCUCGCCAGGUGCCUCCCCGCAUGCUGGCUACCGCCGUCCACGGGCCUCGUCGCCCAUCCCGAUACCGGUCUCGCCCAGGACACAGGCGCCAUCCUUCCGCGUCCAGAAUAACUUUGCGUCCGCCGCGCAGCUAGCACUCCAGCAGAACGGCCGCGGCUCGCGGUACAGGUCCUACCUCAGCAGCGCGCACCCGUCCACGCACUCGUUCAUAUCGGGCGAUCAGGAACAAGGUUCGCCGCCCCACCAGGAGCCGCAGACGCACGAGUUCGUCCCAGAGGUCGUACACAGCACGAUCCCGCUCGCGCUGCCCAAGGCCGAGGGCGAGAUUGGCCAGAGGCCGGAGCAUGUCACCGUCACCAUCAAGUGGAGAGGUGGAGGCAAGUCGGUUGUGCUAGCACGAGCAGGGGACGACUAUUGGAAGGGACGCCAGCCCAUGGAAUACGAGUGAGUCUCUCUCUCUUUGCCUUUCGCCCUCACUCCGUCCUUGCCAUGUCCCAAACAUUAUCGUUUCUCCAAGCUCGAGUGGCUACAGCUCGACAUGAAGCCAGACGUGCGAUUAUUGGACGAUUCCAGGUCCGCUCAUCAUCCCCUUCUUUGCCAUGCUCGUGGUCUACUCGUGCCCAAUGAUGGGUUCCAUCUUGGAACCUUACUAUCAGCUUGCAGACCGUGUCUUUUCCUGUUUGCUUUUGUUCCAAUCUCGUGUUACGUCCUAGACCAAACAGGGCCUUUCAUUGGCUAGCGAGGCCCCCGAGCGAGAGGUUCGACCUCUAUGACAGGCUGUUCAGCUUGUCAGCACUAUCUGACACUGUAGCGUUCUCAUGUGACCAGACGCGAUAUGCUCGUGGGUUCACGGCUUGGUCUGUGCACUCUCAGCCGCGAGUUUAUCUGCAACGUGCAUGAAGAUCCUCCGGUCCAGACCGAAUAGCACGUCUCGCUAGCUGUCUACGGUUUCCAUUUCACGUCCUUCGUUAUUCGCGAGUCUUAGAUCGACUGACAUGUUUCAAUGUGUGCAGCCCAGAUACAAAAAUAUGGCAUACACAAAUACACGUUCUACCGGGCACUCACCACUUCAAAUUCAUCGUUGACGAACAGUGGCGGAUUGCAGACGACUAUCCGACAGCUGUAGACGACAUUGAUGGCUCGCUCGCAAACUACGUUAAUGCGGCAUCAUCAUCUAGUGUCUCGCCAUCCUCCUCAUCUCCUCAGCCUACUCCUUUCAACCAUAUACAGCAGUUUGCUUCGUUCUGGAGCGACGCUUCAUCAAGCACACGCGAGAAUGGGACUUUGCGGGAAGACGGAGGCUGGACUUGCGAGGUCCCGCAGGAGCUCAUCAACGCUGCCGCCGAGGAGGAGAAUUACCUUGCGUCACAAGACUCUCCGACGACCUCAAGCAGUGUCCCAGCACCGAAUGUGCCUCCGGCUCCUGCUCUCCCUCGACACCUCGACAAGCUGAUUCUCAAUGCCCGGCCUCAGAUUUCCGGUGCCCCGGGGACGCCAAGCGAGCGAGAUCGCCGGCGAGAGAAGGAGAAGGAGAAGGAGCGGCGGCGGCGCGAACGGGACCGCGAUGGCCGCCCGAGGCCGCACGCGCCGUCGAGUUUGGGCAUGACGUCAACAACUGCCGACGGCGUUGAGGCCGGUGGCGUGCUGCCCGUCGUGACGGCCUCUGGCGCAGAAGUUGCGGUGCUCGGGGCAUCGAGUCCGCCGCCGACACCGGGUGGCGAAGGGGGCGCGCAGCUACUAGGACACACCCCGUCGAAGCGGGUCGCGAACCCAGCGAAGCUGGAAACACCUGGUCUCGCGGAUGACGCUAGUGUCCUGGCCGUGCCGAGUCACGUCGUGCUCCAUCACCUAAGCACGAGCGCAAUCCGGAACGGUGUGCUAGCCGUGGCAAACACAACGAGAUACCGGAAGAAGGUAAGUGGGGUGUCCACCGCUAGGAUCUCCACUCGCUGAUUGGGGGUUGUUUUCACAGUACAUCACGACGAUCUACUACAAGCCGACAUGACGACAAUAGUCUUCUGGUUCGGCACGUCACUACCCUUCUUCCAUCUCUGCGCCUGUUCCCGACGACCCAUGCCGCCGACGGCAGCCAUGCUUCUCUAUACAUCCUCCGCAAUCACUCGCACAAACAUCUUCCGCAAUACAGCAACAAAACGUCUCCCAUCGUCCACGCUUCGCAAUCGGUCCAUCUCUGGAAACACUAUCUUGGUACUGUAUCUGACAAUGUUCUGUCCCACAUAUACCUUUCGCUUUCGCGCCGCCUAUCUUUGCCCCUGAGGCGCACGAAAGGCCCGCAUUCGCAAUGUAUCACAUGUAUCCAUCAUCUUCACCGCCACUUGCUGCAUUGUUUGGCUCUUCAUUCGCCGACCCCCCAACCUCGUCCCCUUCUCCGAACUUGCCCGCACGUGGUCUCCGUCUUGUAUCUGCCGGCUGUUGGGUUCUCGUUUCCGGUGCCGCCUAUCAUUCUAGAGUUAUUCGCUUGAGGUGAUGCGGAGAGGGUUUUCUCCUGGGACGGUGUUUCUCUGCAGGGUACUCAGGCUUCGGGGCUUCGGUGUCGCCUUUCGUGCUAUCAUUUAGAUGUGUAUGUUCUAUGUUUUCGCAAGUGCUCUCCCUGGAAUAGCAACAGUGUAUCCUACCCUAGAUGUUUGCUUCGCAAGCGAAGUUGGGAGACUACUACCCCACAGAUUC